CCUCCAUUUUCCAACACUCCGCGGCGGCACUGCUAACACAGCUCCGGCAGUAGAGCCACCAGAGCCAGCCCUGUACCUGGAGAGGAAGCCAGGACCGGGGCAGCCAUGGCAGCCAACAUGUACCGGGUUGGAGAUUAUGUUUAUUUUGAGAACUCGUCCAGUAACCCACUGCUGAUCAGGAGGAUAGAGGAGCUGAACAAGACAGCCAAUGGGAAUGUGGAGGCCAAAGUGGUGUGUUUUUACCGACGCAGGGACAUCUCCAGCACACUCAUCGCCCUGGCAGACAAACAUGCAAGGGAGCUGGAGGAGGAGAUGGAGAAUCCAGAGAUGGCAGACCUUCCUGAGAAGCAGAAACACCAGCUCAGACACAGAGAACUCUUCCUGUCACGCCAGCUGGAGUCCUUACCUGCGACACACAUCAGGGGGAAGUGUUGUGUGACAUUGCUGAAUGAGACAGAAGCCCUUAAGUCAUACCUGGACAGAGAGGAUGCCUUCUUCUACUCACUGGUGUACGACCCUCAGCAAAAGACGCUGUUGGCUGAUAAGGGGGAGAUCCGUGUGGGAAACAAGUACCAGGCUGACAUCACCGACCUCCUCAACGAAGAUGAGAAUGAUGGUAGAGACAUGGAGAAGUUAGAGGAGAAGGUCUGGGAUCCCAACAGCUCACUGACGGAGAAACAGAUAGACCAGUUCUUAGUAGUGGCUCGGUCAGUAGGUACAUUCGCCAGAGCUUUGGACUGCAGUAGUUCUGUUCGGCAGCCUAGCCUUCACAUGAGCGCUGCCGCAGCCUCCAGAGACAUCACCUUGUUCCAUGCUAUGGACACCCUCCACGCCACGGGCUAUGACAUGACUCGAGCCAUUGCGGCGCUGGUGCCUCAGGGUGGGCCUGUUCUCUGUCGGGAUGAAAUGGAGGAGUGGAGUGCCUCAGAGGCCAAUCUGUUUGAGGAGGCGCUCGAGAAAUACGGCAAGGACUUCACCGAUAUCCAACAAGAUUUUUUGCCGUGGAAAUCUCUGACAAGUAUUAUCGAGUAUUAUUACAUGUGGAAGACCACAGACAGAUAUGUACAGCAGAAACGAUUAAAAGCAGCUGAGGCAGAGAGCAAGUUGAAGCAGGUCUACAUCCCUAACUAUAACAAGCCAAACCCUAACCAGUUGAGUAACAAUGUAAAGCCAGCCCUGGUGAAUGGAGCUGCGGGUGCAGGGGUCCCAGGAGUCCCAGGAGUCCCAGGAGUCCCAGGAGUCCCAGGCGUCCCAGGGGUCCCAGGCGUCCCAGGGGUCCCAGGCGUCCCAGGCGUCCCAGGGGUCCCAGGCGUCCCAGGAGUUCCAGGAGUUCCAGGGGUCCCAGGACCUCAAGGUGCAGGGCAGACCCCAGGCCUGGGCAGAGCCUGUGAAAGCUGCUACACCAGCAGCUCCUACCAGUGGUACUCGUGGGGCCCUCCCAACAUGCAGUGCCGUCUGUGUGCUUCAUGCUGGACCUACUGGAAGAAGUAUGGAGGGUUGAAGAUGCCCACGAGGCUGGAUGGAGAGAGGCCCGGGCCCAACCGCAGCAGCAUGAGCCCCCAUGGCCUCCCUCUGCGGCACAGCGGCAGCCCCAAGUUUGCCGUGAAAACGCGACAGGCCUUCUACCUGCAGACGACCGGGCUGACACGAAUGGCACGCCGCCUCUGCCAGGACAUCAUCAAGCCACGUUACCUAGCGAGGCACCCCUACCUCCCUGUCAACACAGCAGCCAUCAAGGCCGAAUGUGCUUUGCGGCUGCCAGAUAACCCCAAAAAGCCUUCACCACUGAAACCUGUGGAACGUAAACCUUUGGAGUCUGUGGUUCGAUACUUGGAAGCACAUCCUCGUCCACCCAAACCAGACCCCCCGGCUCGCGGAGGCUCCAUCUCCACAGGCAGCCUAACACCCAUCAAAUCCUCUCCCAUCCUCAAUAACGGUUCUCCCACCAUCCUGGGGAAGCGGACCUAUGAACAGCACAAUGGACUGGAUGGCAAAUCUAAAGCCCUGACUCCACAGUGGGAGAUCAUGGCCAAACGGGUGAGUGAUGCGGGGCGGCCCCCGGCUCCCAUGCAGGACGAGAUCCAUGAACUGGACUGAAGGCUCUGGGAAUGACCUCUACUGCAAACCCCAGUGAGCAGAGGGGGACAUGAAAAGAAAGGCGUUUUUCCAAUAAACCAGAGCCGAAGGCAGCUGAGGGGAGACAGAAGAUGACGGCGUGGUCCACCUUGGUCCAGUCAGUACCGGACUGCGUCACACUGACGACGUCCAAACGAUAAUCGAACAGUUUUGGCUGUGGUCAAUCAGCAGAUGAGCCUGACUGUACAGGACUGUGUUUAUUACUUACAUUUCUUGUUAUUACUGUCAUUGUAAUUAUUGUUAUUGUUAAUAUAAUUUUUUUUUUUUUUUACCAACUAUAACUCAGUUUAUUGUUGAACGAUGAAACUUGUGAAGUUUCAUGAAAAUGCUUGCAAAAACCCUGUGGAAAAAGGGUGGAAGGACUGUAACAUAAGCCACUUGCAUCUUCUGUGUUUCUUUUUUUUUUUUUUUUUUUUUUUUAAAGAUAAAUUCAACAAGGAGAUGCACUUUUAUUUGAGCGACAUGAGUUAACAGAACUCCUUGUCUUUUUUUGUUUUGAUGUAUUUGAAUGCUUUAUGGAAAUUCUUCUGUUUUGUGAGCCGGCCCUGCUCUUUCGCCAGAGAGGUUUAACUUAUUGAGAAAGACUUGCUGUUUUUUCUACCUUUUUCACAAGUAAUGCAUCUAUGCUUCGAUAAUGUAAUUAAAAAAAUAAUUGGUUUCUCC